UAUAGAUAUCGAUCUGGAUGAAUUCUGCACCGAUGUGUGUAAGGAAUUUCCAAGUGGUGGCCAUUUCGCGUACCCUGGCAACUGCUGCAAGUACAUCCAAUGUAAAGAACUUGGCUACGAGUUUAAAGGAUAUAAUGAAACUUGUAUGUACCCAUUGGUGUGGAAUGAUGCACGGUCGGCAUGUGACUUUGCAUUCAGAGUUCCCGGAUGUGACGAAUCGUGCCACGUGAAUGGAGUUGAAUGGGCGCCUCCAGCUGCUGGUGCCUUUGACCCUGCAACUGAAUGUGUACGCUAUGGUAAGAUCUACACUGUACAUCCUGAUAAUGAACAGUGGUAUUACGUGGACCAGAUUGGGAUUGAUCCCAACAACUCAAGGCAUGCAUCGUGUCCUCCAAACUUCGUCUUCGACUUGGAUGAAUGCCUCUGCGUUGGCCAAAAUGACCCUUGGCCGUGUAAUUGUAUUAUGUGCGUGCCUUUUGAGUUGAAUAUGGUGAGGGACAUCGUCAACAGGAACCACGUGAAGCACACAGGUGUUAGGAUAUCAUCUUAUGCAGCACAAGACGUUGCAUCAGAACCUGGUCAUUUCGGAUGUUUAAGUGGAAGUGAGAGUUUCCUGGAAAUCCCAGUGUUUUCCGAUAUGUUUUAUGGCCCUGCGUUCUCCGGCAAUUUCUUUUAUUACCCUACCAUACCGGGUGUGGCACAGAACGACCCAAUCAACAUCCCAGGGAAAAUGGGACUUUUCUCAAACGGCUGUUGCAACGAGUCUGCCUCCAUUGCAAUUUGGUUGGAGGGUUCUAAUGCAUAUAUCACGUUUAGAACAGAAGGGGGAUCAUUGGUGAAUCAUAGGUUCCAGGAUGGGGAUACUCUGCAGGAUGAAAUCAUUUACAAUAGACAGUUUGGUGAAAUUACAUUUGUAUAUGGAGCUCCAAAUCUGACCCUGUGUAUCAACGGAAAGACAUGCGUAUCCAUUGAUACAACUUUGACUCCUUUGGGAGGUGAUGUGUUGAGCACCGAUUGCGCAUUGAAGAUUGGACAGCUAAAUGAUGAGGAAGGUACAAGCUUUAAUGGAUGUGUGGACAAUAUUUCCGUAUGUGCCGAUGAGUGGGAUGACGAACAAAUCUACCAAGUACGAAGAUACAAUGAGACAGCUGUUAUGUGUCACUCUCAAGACGAUGAUUUCGGUGCACCAGGCGCCGAUUCCCUCCCCCCUCUGCCCGGCCUCCCCCCUCUGCCCGGCCUCCCCCCUCUGCUACCCCCUCCCUUUUAAUUAUAGUAAAAAUUCAAAAAAUUGACAUUUGAUUAAACGUAUCUUAGUAUCAAUCAAAACCAUUUAUUCAUGUUUACAAUUAGCUCUUAAAUAGUUAGACUUACUUAUGUCGUAUUUUGAACAUUUGGUACAUUUUGUCAAAUCUAAACAAUCAAUGCAUUUAUAGAUUGAGCCAUAUUUGAAAUAUGUUUAAUGAAUACUUAACAAACCUAAUUAACUUAUUUAAGACUGUUUGGAUAAUAUUGUACUGUACUGACCCUAUGUGUACAAUAUAAUGUUGAAUAUCACAAUGGUAUUUUGCCACAUAUGGAAUAUUUUCAUAUUUGGAAUUAUACCAUAUAUGGACUUAUGUGUAUAUGGAAUACAUGCCCCUUCUUACAAAGUCAUCUGAUCAUUCCUGUCCCACACCAAGAAGGCGUUUAUAUCACAUACACUAUAUAAGGCCAAAUAUUACAAACGAGCAAACAAUCCAGUAUUUCCUAAUCCCCAUACCACCGGGGCCCGUACCACGACUGUACUAUCAUCCCGGGUCCUGAGAACCAAAGAUGGACGUAAAAAGAAAACAUUGACCUAUCUCUUUACAAGAAGAGUUCAAAUUUUAUUUGUAAUUUCCGACACUUUGAAAUAAAUUUUCGAAAUGAUAUUUUUCUUGUUGAGUACCAAUUUCUUGUUAUAUAUUGCUAGUAGCAUUUAGGUGUC